AUGGCUGUGAAAAGUGAAUACCUCAACCAGACUGAGGUGAGCUACUUCUUCUUGGAGGGUCUGAUGUACACCGCUGAACACCCUGACCUCUUCUUCCUCCUCUUCCUCCUCAUCUACAGCAUCACUGUAUCUGGCAAUCUCCUCAUCCUCUUUACUGUGGGCUCUGACCCUCACCUUCGCUCCCCCAUGUACCACUUCCUGGGUCACCUCUCCUUUCUGGACGCAUGUUUGUCUACAGUGACGGUGCCCAAGGUAAUGGCAGGCCUGCUGACUCUGGAAGGGAAAACGAUCUCCUUCCGGGGCUGCGCUGUACAACUUUAUUGCUUCCACUUCCUGGCCAGCACGGAGUGUUUCCUCUAUACAGUCAUGGCCUAUGACCGCUACAUGGCUAUCUGUCAGCCCCUUCGCUACCCAGUGGCCAUGAACAGGCGGGUGUGCGCGGGGCUGGCAGGGAGCACUUGGGCCAUAGGUGCCAUGCACUCUGCCAUCCACACCUCGCUCACCUUCCGCCUGCUCUACUGUGGGCCUGGCCACAUCGCCUACUUCUUCUGUGACAUCCCCCCGGUGCUGAAGCUGGCCUGUGCAGACACCACCAUUAACGAGCUGGUGAUGCUUGCCAACAUUGGAGCGGUGGCUGCAGGCUGCCUGAUCCUCAUUGUCACCUCCUAUGUCUUCAUCGUGGCUGCUGUGCUGCGCAUUCGCACUGCAGAGGGCAGGCAGAGGGCCUUCUCCACUUGCACUGCGCACCUCACUGUGGUGCUUCUAUACUACAUGCCCCCUGUCUGCAUCUACCUGCAGCCUCGCUCCAGUGGAGCAGGCGCAGGGGCUCCUGCAGUCUUCUACACUAUAGUGACCCCAAUGCUCAACCCUUUCAUUUACACACUGAGGAACAAAGAGGUGAAGAGAGCUCUGCAAAGGCUGCUGUGCCCAGGCAGAAGAGAGUCUCCACCAGGCAGUCCACCCCCAUGA